AAACACAUAACAAUAAAAAUAAAUUAAUACAUUUAUAAACAAAUAAAUAAAUAAUUACUUAAAUAAAUAAAUGUAGAUUUAUAAGAUUGUUGUUCAACGCCUAAAAUAGCCAAUGGAGAGUUGGCUACAAAUUAUUCUGCACCGUAUCCUUCCACAAUCAAGUUGAAAUGUGACCCUGGCUAUGUACACAGCCAUCAUCAUUUUAUUCAAUGUCAGAGCAACGGAACAUGGUCAAAUAAUGAGUGUACCUUAAUCGGUUAGUUCAUAAUAUGUAUUUAAUGUUAAGGUUGUUUCUGCAAGUUAUGAUUUAUCGCGAAAUAAAGGUUUGUAUGCGUGUGAAAAUAUCAACAUACUAUUUUAAUUUAGUCUCAAGUUAAGGUAAUGCUGUCGUUGGUUUGCGGUCAUUCAAUUAGUAACUAAAUUAUGUGUAUACAGUUAUAUAUUUGGCCAUUAUUUUUUGUAAUUAAAACCAGGUGCGUUUGCUUGAAUUUUCAGACUGUGGGCCCUGGCCUGGAUUAGCAAAUUCUUCAGUGAACCAAAAAGUAACAUACCUCAACUCGACAUUGUUUGGGGCCAUAGUCCUGAUGACAUGUGAUGCAGGGUACCAUGUAUUCAAUAACUCAAGCUCCCACAACGAAUCGGCUGUUUGUACAUUGAAUGGAACCUGGAGUCCAUCAACAUACUCGCAGUGUAUUCCCAUAGAUUGUGGACAGUGGUCUAGUAAUUCGAGUGUGCGGUCUCAUCAGAAAAUAAUAUAUACAAACGCGACAGUUUUCGGCUCUGAGGUUGUAAUGAAGUGCAAUCAAGGAUACCAUGUGUUUAAUACAAAUAAAUCACGAACCGAAUCAGCUGUUUGUCAAGAGAACGGCACAUGGAGUAGUAAGACAUAUUCAGAGUGUGUGCCCACAGAUUGUGGAGAGUGGUCAACAAACUCUAGUGCGCUGGCAAAUCAUAACAUAAUCUACCCGAAUUCGACAUCUUACGGAUCUCAAGCUGUAAUGACCUGCGAUCCGGGCUACCAUAUCGUCAACAAAGCCGGCACACGAUCUGAAUCCGCUGUUUGUACCGAGAAUGGCAUAUGGAGUACUCAGACAUUUUCAGAUUGUAUUCCAAUAGACUGUGGAAGAUUGCCAAAUCCAUCAAACGGCUAUGUGUUUGCAAAGGCAUCAACGUACGAAUCUACAGCAACUAUAAAGUGUCAUAUAGGCUACACUUUGCAAGGUGGCAGCACUUCCUCAUGUGGCAGAAAUGGAGAGUGGAGUAGUACUGGCCAAACUUGUUCACUUAUUGAAUGCCCAGUAUUAGAUCCUUACGACAAGCUUACAAUUGAAUUGGAUCCAAAUACUACAAAGCCUAUCGUAAACACGACGGCAAUGUUUUCUUGCCCACCUAAUUCAAGUUUGGUUGGUUACAAAACAAUAAAAUGCACGAUCAACGGACGAUGGACUGGACCGGUUCCAAAAUGUAUUAUGCUGGAUAAGACUGUUAGAAACUGUUCGGUCGAUGACGAUACGAAAAACAGAACCUGGCGAGAAACUCAACCUGGGGCUAUUGUAUUGGAAAAUUGUCCAAAUGGAUAUUCUGGCGAGAUUAGUCGACAAUGUAGCGAGGAAGGACGCUGGCUCAAUCCAUUCUACAACUGUGUAUCAGAACGCGUUGCUCAACUCAUAUAUGAGGUGAAAAGUAUCGAAGAAGCACCAUCAUCUCAGAAAAUCACCCACAGUCUAGAUCAGCUAGUAAAUUUAACAAAACCUAACAACGGAACAUCCUAUAUCGGCGAACUGAAUGCAAUUACUAACAUGCUCGAUAUAAUAGCAAGCGUCAGUGGCAACAUUGAGAUUACGGACGAGCAAGCUAAUUCGUUUUUUGCCGCAACAAGUAACUUACUGGACUAUGACAACGCGGAAUCAUGGAAAUCCGGGGACGACCACAAUGAAAUCAACGGGUCACCUGAUAGAUCUAGUACGGCUAAUCCCAGUGCGAUGAAAGUUCUAAAUGUGGUUGACAAGUACGCAGACAUUUUAAUGAAUACACUCGCAAACAAUUCGGAGAGCAGUAAAACCAUACAAAUGGACAAUAUGGUGGUGCAUGUUAGUAAAGUAAACACGACAAUAGACGAUUUGAAAUUCCCAGAUAAACCUGUCAACAUUUCGAGUUCUGUUAUUCUGCCGAAGGCCUCAUUAAUAGGAUCAAACUCAAUCGCAGCAGUAGUAUACAGAAAUCUGACAGGCAUAGUUUCAUCAAAGCUAAAAAAUGACAGUGAUUACACUAUAAAUUCAGAGGUUGUGACAGUGACGUUGGAUAACUGGGAGAACACCACGAACUUUUUUCUUGAUAUAACAAUGGACUACGCACAGAACCUCCACUCAGCCCCAAUUUGCAGUUUUUGGAAUACUACUCUUUUUGCCUGGGACACCACCGGAUGUCUCGUCAUGUCCUCCAAUCAUUCCAGCGCAACAUGUCGUUGCACGCACCUGACGAACUUUGCAAUUCUUAUGAGUCCAUUUAUUCAGAGCAGAGCAAGUACUAAACACCUGGAUAUCAUUUCCAUAGUUGGCUGUUCGGUAUCACUGGCCGGCUUGGUGUUGACAAUAACUUUCCAUAUAGCGCUUUGGAAGUAUGUAAGCAAACGACGUGUUGCUGUCUUGUUGAACCUGUCUGUGGCCCUCAUAAUUGCUUACGUUAUGUUUAUUGGUGGCAUCGACAGAACGGAAAGCAAGAUCAUUUGUACUACGUUGGCGUCCUUGCUGCACUAUAUUUACCUGGUGGUGUUCUCCCUUAUGUUGGUGGAAGGUAUUGACGUCGCCGUGUCUAUACUUAUUGUCUUCCAAACACAAUCAAAACUGAAAUGGAUGCUGUCAGCUGCCUGGGUUGUUCCUGCUGUGAUCGUUGGGAUAACGCUCGGUGUCACCAAGACAGAAGGAUAUGGGAAUGAAAGCUCAUGCUGGUUGACAAUUAAGGGAGGUGUCAUUUGGGCCUUCGUUGGACCUGCCCUGCUGGUCGUUUUGGUAAACUUCAUCAUCCUAGUGUUUGUGAUACGGGCAACACUAAGAUCGUACACCAUGGCAAAGAAGUCAACAGUUGAAAGAUCAAAGUCAGCAGUGUGGUGUCUAUUAGUUUUACUACCGUUGAUGGGACUUACUUGGGUUCUGGGGGUUUUCUAUCUGGACGAAAGCAUGGCCUGGGUACAAUACGCCUUCGCUGUCUGCAACAGUCUCCAGGGUUUGGUGAUAUUCAUGUUCCAUUGUGCAUUUAACAAAACGCUUUGGAAGGCAUAUAAAACGAAAAAACAAAGGUCGUCGUACGCCAGUAGAACUUUCCUCAAAUCUAGAAGCACUUCAGUAAGAUCGGUAAUAACGGAAAACAGUGAAGUAAGCAUGAAUGUUAACGACACAUUCGAAAUACCGUCAGUUGACGAAUCGGCAAUUACACGUUACAAGGACUUACCGAUAAAACAACCAAUGCAAACUGCUGCACAGGCUGACAAAGAAGAGCAAGUGGAUGGUUUCAGUAAGCACUCUGGGGACAACACUACUGACGACAAGCUCAGAAGAAACGGUGAUGAGGAAACGGUGAACAAAAAUAGCAAUGACGUCGGACUGGAAAAUCCUGCAGACAAAUUCCUCUUUAGUACGGCGUUAUAGAUGUUGAAGAGUUACUGAAGUAAAAAUGAUGCGGAACUAUUUGGGUAUACCGUUUAAUCAGUCUCAUAAAGACACGGAGAGUCUCCAUUUCCUGUACUCACAAUGCUGCUGAUGAAUGCACUACUGAAAAUGAUUAUAUGCAUGUCGAAGGAUGGUUGG